AUGGCAGAAGACGCUCUAUGGCCGCACGUCUCGCUCGAUGACGUUGCCCGCGCACAGCCCGAUGUACGAUCCAUUGCCGGGUUUUUGCGUUGGCACCCGUCGUGUCGCCUCGAGCAAGGCAGUCUGUCGCUGCUCACCCGCCUCCCACCUUCUUUGCAGCCACUGGAAACACUACUUCGAUCGUCCGUGCGGCUGCAGCUGAACCUUGAGAGCGUGACCGUCUCGCAGGUACACCACGUGCUGCUGCACCAUGGGCACCGUGUCCAGUCGCUCGUGCUAUGUUUGAACGAGCCUCCCAAUGUACCGCUGACGGCACUGACGCUGGGUCGAUUGGCCACGGCGAUUGGUCACUGCGUGCACGCGACCAAGUUGCAUGUCCACGUCCACCACCCGCAAUGGCGGGGCCGCGACAUUGACCCGAUCUUGCACCGCCUCCAAGACUCGAACGUUGUCGACUUUAAGCUGCACGCGACUUCGUACAGCGGCGAUCUCUUGUCCGACAGUGGCAGCUACGCGCUCAUCGCGUGGCUCUUUCAAGUGCCCGUGACGUCGUUUGCUUGGAUCGACCCCGAGCCGUACCACAGCGCUGUACUCUCACCGGCCGCGACGCGGCUCGCCGCGGCCCUCGCGGCCUCCCGCACAUUGCGAACCAUUGACCUAUCGCAGUCCAAAAUGCUCUUGGAAGCAUGUGUGCAACGACCACUGCCACGCACGCUGCGCACGCUCCGCAUCGAGUACCCGCACGCGCCAACGUCGUACACGACGCAACUGAAAGCGCAGCUGGCGGCCGCUCGCAUCACGUCGCUCGACCUGUCGUGGCACCCCAGCACAAGCGUGGUGACACUUCUCGGUCCUAACUUGGCGCAGCUCACGACGCUCAACUUGUCGCACUGCUACCUCAUGAUCCACGGUAGCCGCGCGGUUGGUCCGCUCCUCCCGACACUACGCGCGCUGCAGCACCUCAUCUUGUCGGCCAACGAUUUGUUUGACGACGGUAUCACGGCCAUCUUGCCGGGUCUCGUCGGCUGCAGCGCACUCGAGUCGCUGCGCUUGGAUCGCAACCAGCUCACGGAUCGAAGCUUGGCCGCGACCGUGAAGACGUGCCGCCUGUGCAAGCGACUCCGCCAUAUCGACUUGUCGGACAACCUGUACACGGACGAGACGGUGCUGCGACUGCACAAGAAGCCGACGGUCAUCUCCCGUCUGUGUGCGAUCAAGUGUCCCGAUGCAAGCGCAAUGAUACCAACCGUAGCCGCUGGGUAACUCGGUGUCACAACG